AUGGCGCUCCAGCGCGCCGUCCUCCUGGCCAGCCUCCUGGUGGAAGUUGCCAGUAGAUCCUCAGGAAGUGUGGGCCAGCAGCCCAAGUGUUGUGUGGACGUGGUGGACACCAACGCCACCUGCCCAGGCACUAGCCUGUGUGGCCCAGGCUGCUACGGGCACCGGGCCGAGGACGGGACCGUCAGCUGCAUCCGCUGCAGGAACGGAACUCACAACAGCUCCGAGUGCAGAGGCUUCGUUGCCCGGGGCACGCACUUCCCCAUGAACAGGAGCACGGGGAUGCCUGGGCGGCCGAGUUUUGGGGGCCCCCCGGUGGCAGCCUCCCUCUUCCUGGGGACGUUCCUCAUCAGCUCGGGCCUCAUCCUCUCCGUGGCCGCAUUCUUCUAUCUCAAGCGCGCCAGUAAGCUGCCCGGCGUCUCCUAUGGGAGAAACAAAGCCCCCAGCCUGCAACCUGGUGAAGCUGCCGCGAUGAUUCCCCCACCUCCGUCCUCAGUGCGGAAGCCACGCUACGUCCGGCGCGAGCGGCCCUCGGACAGGGAUGUGGGCCCCACUGCCGUCUCCUCCGUGGAGGCCCGGGUGAGCAACGUCUGA